AUGGCUGCAACAACACAAGGCUCCUCAACUGCUGCUCCUCUUUUCCAACUCGAGCUGACAAAGUUCAAAAGUCGUUUGACCGGGAAGCAGUUGCAAAGCUUCGAGUUCGCAUCUCUAGAGCAGGUCGAGGUUGAGGUCAAUAAUAUUCAGAGACGUCAAGACACACAGCGAGGACUACGUAACUUGACUCGAAUUCGGCGCUUCAUAGAGGCGAUGGAGCAGUUUGGCAAGAUCAUCGAAGUCUUCGUCAAUACUAGUGAUGUCCUUGCCUUUGUUUGGGGACCCUUGAAGUUCCUCCUCCUCGUCUCGAGCACCUCGGCGGAUUGCCUCGACAAGAUUUUGGACGCCUACGAGCGAAUCGGUGAAGUAUUACCCCUGUUCCAGCUGUACGAGUCGCUUUUGCAACAGUAUCCAGAGAUGCAAAAGGUUCUUGCCAUGAUGUACAAGGACAUUCUUGAAUUUCAUCUGCCCGCAAUUCGUGUCCUCGACCGGCCAGGUUGGAAACAUCUUUUUCGAUCUGCAUGGGGUGACUUCAAUACAAAGUUUGAAGGAAUUCUCCGGAAUCUCAAUCGGCAUGGACAAUUGAUUGAAUCACAAUUCAACCUGCUCCAGGCUGAUCGGCACGAAAAGCACCAAACAGAGGUACUCAGGGCAAUCCUGGAUGUCGAGACGGAGAUCACAAAGAAGUUGUUCAGAACCGUCUCUGGAGAGGGCCAGCGCCAAUACAUAGUCGUUGAUGGUUUGGACGAAUGCCAACAAGAGGAACGGAGGUCGCUACUCCCGUUUCUUACCUCUUUGGUCAAAGGAGUUAACGAUGGGGAGCCGGGAAAGCUACGUGUUCUCAUAAUCAGUCAAGAAGAGCCCGAUAUCAGGGGAUUAUUAUCCGACGCGGAGGAGCUUACUAUCACACGCGAUGACAACAGCCAGGACAUUCGUGCCUUUGUGCAAGCAUGGACAGUCAAGAUCCAGGAGAAGUUUGGACUUGGCGACCAAGCAUCGUCUCUGUUGGCUCAGCACACAUGCGGUAAUGCAGCUGGUCAGUUCUUGUUUGCCAAACUGGUCAUGGAAAACCUCCAUCAGCAACUCGACCUUCGCGGUCUUCAGCGUGAACUUGAAAGCGAGCGUUUCCCAAAGGAGUUGGCAGAAGCGCUGGCGAGCGUAUGCUUGGGAUACCUCGCUCACCCUUUGUUUGACGGAGCCGUUCUGGAGGAAGACGUACUCGACGGAUCGUAUGCCUUUGCGGACUAUGCAGUUGCGAGAUGGAUGAACCAUUUGGAUACGAUACUCGUUCAGCUGGCGGCAGUGAGUGACAUCGAAUUCGAUACACACCAGACUGAGGUGCAAGAGCUCUGUGAAACAGCGGAGAGCAUGCUACGAGCCAUAGGGGAGGGUGAAGACGACCUUGAAAUCGACCUCCGGGAGGCCAGAGCGUUGCAGUUGCAAGUCAGCCUGGAGCCUAAUAUCUGUAGCCGACUCAGAGACUUUGAGGGCGCUGCAGAUGGAUUUCAGUCUCUUUGGACUCACAUGGUUCUGUAUCGGAGCAAGGACGCUGAUAAGCGUAGCGAAAUCAGCCUGGAGAGGCUUCGCAAUGCGAUGGGAGGCAUCCGCAGGUCACUGGAAGAGUUCUUUACGAACAGAGACUUGAGUGCUGAAAGUCUCGAGAGGGUAAAAUCGCAUUACGGCACCAAGUGUUUCCGAUGCCCGAAGGUCACCUGCUUCUACUUUCACGAAGGGUUUACUGACGCAAAAACACGAGACAGACAUGUUCGCAGACACGAGCGGCCAUUUCAGUGUGGUGUGGUAGACUGCGACGUGUCGGACGUUGGAUUUGGAUCUAAGAAGGACCUUGAGAACCACAUGCAGCGCUGCCAUCCAAACACCGAGAUCAAAGCUCAGCUCUUCAAGGAAAUACAGACACCGAGACCCGGCCGUGCGAGGUUUGGCUGCGGAGAGUGCGGGAAGAGCUUUGUCCGUGCGUGGAUAUUAAAGGACCAUCAACGAGCGCACAGAGACCAGAGGGACUACAUGUGCGCGCGUUGUGGCAAGGCGUUUGUGAGGAAAAAUGAUUGCAGGCGACAUGAGAAGAUUCACGAGAACCGACCGUGA